AUGAACCAGAGUUUGCCAUUUAUACCAGGAUAUUCGUUUCGAGCUGAACAAGAUCGAUAUGUCUUUCCUCGCACUCUGGUGUUCAGCAAAGGUGUCGCUCUUGCGAAUUCGCUUCCAUCCGCUACAGCAAAAGCUGCAAAGGAACUUCUGCAGGGACAGAACCAAGUCCUCAGCCGAGAACAUUUGGUGGAACUAACUUAUGGUCCGAAAAGGGAGCCUCAGAAAGAAAUCAUGCUGCCUAGAUUUCUCUCAAUGGAUAAAAAGGUUCUUCGUUUCAGUGGAUAUUUCAGGGAGGAUAUCGAAGAUUGGGCAAUCGAAAAUUAUCGCAUCAGACCUGUCAAAGUGCUUUAUUAUUUGCAAAAUGAUACGAUGGAAGUCAUAGAGCCUAAAACCGAAAACAGCGGCUUAUUGCAGGGAACAUACCUGAAACGACACGCUUUUCCGCAUCCAUCUGGUAGAGGACGUCGAUAUUUAUGGAAAGACCUAAACUUGGGCAAUGAUGUGAAUGUUUAUGGUGUGUCUAUCCGACUUACAGACUGUGAUCAAUGGACAAGGGAGUACUUAAUCAACGCUGGUCUCGAGCUAAAUGAUCCCGAACCAAUCCCUCCCGAUCCGUACGAGAUGCAGAAAUCUAACAUUCUCGGCCGGAAAGAACCCCCAGUCACCCAUCGAAUAGAAGAGGACAAAUUUUACAAGUUCUUGACUUGUGAUCGUAAAGUCCUCAGAUUCUACGGCUCAUGGCAAGAUGUACUUAGCGACCCGCCAGAAAUGAGGCGUGUCAUUUUGCAGUACUAUCUAGCAGACGACGCUUUGGAACUGCUUGAAGAUCAUGCAGCGAAUUGUGGGAGAGAUCCUUAUAAGGUCCUAGUGAGAAAGCAGAAAAUACCUGUCAACAGGAAUGAACUGCCAGCCACUUUCCCAUUGUCUUACAUGGAGCUGCAAGAUGAAGAUCUGACAUGGUUUCAACCGAAGGAUUUUAAAACUGGAAAAGAUAUUUUAAUUUUAGGGAAAAAAAUAUUUUUAUAUGACUGCGACGAAUUUACGAGACAAUACUUUAAAGCAAAUCUUGGUAUAGAAGAUAUGGAAAGCUUCGCGGUUGCUGAAAAACCCAAACCACAAGCUCAGAGGAUUUAUCCUCCUCAUAAUGGAAUAGGAUCAUGGGAUGACUCCCUACAAAAUUGUCUUUCUGUAAUUCCAAAAACUCUUAAAAAAGAUUUCAUCAAGGAACUGCAUUUCAAUGGAGUUGUUCUACGUUUCAAAGGCAAAAUGCUGUCUCCCAUAGAAGAUGAUGAGAUCCGACGGUUUGUAUUUUCAUUUUAUCCAUGUGACGACAGCGUCGCCAUCAAUGAAGAAUCAAUACCCAAUUCGGGUUUCCCGGGAGGUGCUUUCUUCAAAAGGAACAAAUUGGUAAAGAGAUCUUCCGAUGCAGCAGCUCCUCCUGCUUAUUACGAAGUUGAUGACUUUUACAUCGGUGCUAAGAUCCGGGCUUCGGGAAAAGUUUUCGAACUGAUUGACGCAGAUCCAUACGUUCUAUCUUUCAUGCAGCAACACCCAGAGUUGUACUCACGUAAGAAACUCCAAGCACAUUAGAAAAUUGUAAACAUCGCCAAAAUCCGAAGUAUGAGUGAAUGUGAAUCUUCGAUACGUUCCAUUAAAAUUCAAGAAAAGGAAAUCCGUAAAAGUUCAGAACUUAGCUUUAAUACUGAAGCUGGCGGAGUAGUGUCUGAGGAGCAAAAUACAAGCAUCAUGAAAAUGGAAGAUGCUCUUUCAUUGUGGCUAAAAGAAGUCAGAAAGAGGAGUGUUCCCACAGUGCAUAAACCAUCAUCUGCAUAA